UGUGAGGGGUUGGAUAAAAUCGGUCUGAUUAGCUUCUCCAACAGAAGGGGAUUAGGCUUUCGGACUGUGGUUAAUGCAUUGUGUUAAUGUAAAGCACACGUCAGCAAAUAUCCACCCAUUUCUGAGGCGCUGCUGCUGCGGGAGGGGCGGGACGGGGGGGGGGGGGUGUCCACGCACACACACACACACACACAGCCCGGCCAGGACAGGAGUGUAGCAGGAAGAGGAGCGUCCUCCUCCCGACACGCCACGCCACGGCUGACCGUUCCCACAAGCAUCCUCGGUUCAAGAUGGCGGUGCAGGCGGCGGAGAAGGACGGCACGGAGCUGCAGACGAGCGCGGACGAGGAGCUCCUGAGCGACCCGCUGGGGAACCCCGGCCUCAUCUCCCCCGACAAAGAGGGCCUCUCCCGUCUGUUGACGGUGCCGUUCUGCGGGCGCAUCCGCGGCGGAAUGCGGCCGGGGAAGAAGAUCAUAGUGAUGGGCAUUGUUGACCUGGAGCCAGACAGCUUUGACGUGAGCCUGACCUGCGGCCGGGACGUGGACAAGCAGGAGAACCCGGACGUGGCCCUGAAGCUCGCCGCCCGCUUCAGCGACCGCCAGUUUCUGAGCUGCGCCCGCAUCUCUGGGAAGUGGACGAAUGAGGACGUGUCCACCGCCUACUUCCCCUUCAUCCCCGACCAGCCUUUCAGGAUGGAGAUCCACUGCGAGCACCAGCGCUUCCGGAUAUUCGUGGACGGACAUCAGCUCUUUGACUUUUAUCACAAAGUAAAAUCGUUGUCAUCCAUCGACACGGUACGGAUUCAAGGAGACCUGCAAAUCACCAAGCUCGGUUAACUCUUUCCACAUAUGAAAGGUUGUUGUAUUUUUUAUUUUAUUUGAUGUAUUUGGGCGCUGCGUGUAAAAGCAAAACAAGCAAAAAAAGACUGCAUCUCCAAUGUGUGCACACUUGCCAGCAUCCCAUCAUGCACCUCUGCUGCAGCAACUGGAAAUGCUCCAGUUUGUCUUUGGUUGGUCACUUGUUUUUUCCUGCAUUCAGUUAUUAUAUUAUCAGUUUAUUUUUACUGGGAUGCAGAACUUGUGUGCAUUUGGAGAAGUUAUUAAUGUUCUAUCAUUGUGUACUGAAGUAUUUAAGUUCAACUGAGGAUAUGUGCUGAUUUAAUCCUUAAUGAAUUCCUCAAAAAUCGCCAAUCCGGCUAAUGUGUUUCUUGAUUUAACGACUCGUUUCCAUGGGGAUGUUUAGCCCUACUUGCGUUGAACCUGGGUUUUAUCUGAGCGCCAUGUCGCCUUUUCUUUCCAGUCGUCAAGGUAACGAGCAGAAAGAGGAUGGUGGUUUGAUGAACCGUUGCUUCCGUGUUGUGUGGCUUAAUGUAGUUGUUGUGAUAGCCGCUGUCCUGCAGGCGGCGCUGUUGCAGCCACAGGAAUAUGAAACCCCUAAAUUAGUAUCUUGCUGCCAGCGGGGCGAAUCCCGUCGGUGCUCUGAAUGUAAACGUGUUGCUAUGGCAGUGUAGACGCCUGUGAUGCAUCGUACGUGUCUGGUCAUACAGCGUCGGAGACACUGCGGCGUUAUGAAGCAUUUAUAUCUGUUUAUCAGAACGCCUUGUUCCAGCCGUUAACCCGCUUUGCUGGUGUUCAUGUAUGUCAAAUUUAACCAAUCUGUUCUGUCAGAGGUGUGAACACGAACGAAUUUAAAUCCAAGUUAAAACUGGUCAAAGUAUCACUUCCUAAAGGUUCUUCCUGGAGGAAGAUGAGUGAUUACUGUCAGACAUUUUCCCUAAAAGAGCAAAGAGCAACAAAUAAGGAAAUAUGAAGAACAGAGUGGACAGACGAAGUGAUAAAUGUGCAUACAAAACCCAUAAAUAUUCACGGCUGCACAGCCUGGUGCUUUCUCAACCUUCCUCCUCACCUUCUAGUUGCUGCCUGUCAUGGGAUUGAGCUCAGGACCUAGACCUGGUGCUUCUUCCCCAAAUACUCCAAAAUCCUUCAUGUAUGUUCCUGAAUUCCUGAAGAAGUUCAUAAAAGUUGCAAUACCUCCCUAUUUAAAGUAUUCCAGUAAAAUUUAGAUUUUUUUCACUCAAGAAAACCUAAAUACAAAUAAGAACUCUAAAAACUCUACCUGAUGAUUAUUUUCUUUGAAUUGUGAGCUUGAAAGCUGAAGUGGGAGAUGACAUCAACCAAGGACUUCCAAGUUUGUUAAAAAGAAUGGUUCCCAUGGGGCCAUCACCUUUGUAAUUGCCUCCAUUUUUAGUCUGGAUUGACUGCACGUUCGGCAUGCUGGGAAAUUAGAGAUUUGUAGAAGUCCACAUGCUCUUUUUGGUGCUCCAGUCUGACUUCCAUGUAGGUUUACCACCAGUUUCUUUAAGAGACUGCUGCAGCUUUAAGUCUUGAAGCUCUCAACAUUCUGUAUUUUCACAAAUUCCUAUUACCUGUAUUUUAUUUUGAAAAGUCUUUGUACAUAGCUGAAGUUGAAUCAUUCCAAUAACCAUCAAGGAGGUACCUCUGAGAUUCCGUUUUGAUGCGUUCUCAUGUUUUUCCUUGUGGAACGUCAACAGUUUAACAGGACGAGGAGGUUCUUUCCCAGCGUCCAUUGGGGUUGUGAUCUGCUCCUUCUGCUCUCUAGUGAUUUCAUCUAUCCUCCAGCCUAUAUAGAGGAGCACAAACCAGAGCCUCUAGAGCCUUCACGUCAUUGUGUCCGUCUCAGCAGAAGUUUUGGAGAAUUAAGGCUUCCAGAGCAAAAGAAAAAGGACUCCAAGUAGAUUGCAUGCUUCAUUUUUUAUUUUCAUUUUGGAUUUCUCGUAGUUUUGCACUUUAACAGUAGCAUCUUUGUCCACGUGAGUAUUUUAGCGUUUGUAGGUUUUCCUGAUCCGACGGUUCCACGUCCUUUGAAAAUCCCUCUCGAUUGUUUGGAGGAGAAACUGAAUGUCUUCUUCUGAUUGUAAUUUGGUGGUGGAAGUUCUGAUCUCCCAGCAGACAUUUGUGUUCAGAUUUUCUCCCAUCGAAUCUUUAGUUUGGAAAUUGUCGGUCCCUCCGAGUGUUAGAUGUACGAGUGUGGCCUCAGGGGCUUUUAUUUUUUGUUGUUUAUACAUAAAUAUUUUUAGUGCUGCCUUCACUUUGUUCCUUUUGAACUGUUUGUAGCUAAAACAAAUAAAAUCAUAUGCUAUAUUUCCUCAAACUGACAACUUUCUGAAGUAAGGCUGGAUGGUGUACAUUCAUCAAAUGUUUCUAGAAGUAGACAAGUCUGUUCUUGAGGUGUCAUGUGCUUGUACAGUCACAUUCUAUUUAUUACCGUGGCUGUUGAUGAGGGUGUGCUCUGACGUCGAGUCCUUUUAUAGUGUUGGAAGUGUUUUUGUUGAUCGCACAUAGCUAGAACUGAUGGCAGCGCGCUGAGACUCCAGAAAAACCACUGACUGUUUUUUCCCAUCUCGAGAUGCCCUCACCGCUCUGACGUGUCCUCAAAGUUUGAGGACAAUAAACGUUCACAACACAGCUUCACGUUCCUGUGACAUUUACAGAUCUCUGAAAAUGUACGACGGUAUGCUGAUGAUGUUACACUUUGUUGUUGUGUUAACUCCAUUUUUCUUCCAUUUUUUUUUGUAAAAACAGCUCUUUUGCAGUUAAAUAAACAUCUGCUAACGUA